AUGGCGAACAAAGUGGUCAAGAAACAAAGCUCAAAGUCUGAGCUAACUAGUCUCGCGGAAAAAAUACGUCAGCGUGCGUUGGAGCGUCUGUCCGCCAGUGACACAUCGACUAAAGACAGCGACGGUAAAGCUGAUGAAGCAGACGAAAGUGAAGAAGAAGUAGAGGCUAGCGAAGAAAAGGAAGUUGAGGAAAAAGAGGAGGAGGUUGAAUUCGAAAGUUUUGGAGAACUAAAACUAGUCCCAGAGCUUCUAGAAGCAUGUGCUACUUUAAAAUUCACCAAGCCCACACCAAUUCAAGCAGCAGCUAUCCCACCAGCUCUACAGGGUAAAGAUAUCAUUGGACUGGCACAGACAGGUUCGGGAAAAACUGCAGCGUUUGCAAUCCCAAUUUUGAAUCAGCUGUGGCACGAUCAGCAACCUUAUUAUGCGUGUGUGAUGGCGCCUACCAGAGAACUGGCACAACAAAUUAAGGAAACGUUCGACUCUCUAGGUGGUGCUAUGGGGGUCAGAUCAGUAUGCAUUGUCGGUGGUAUGAACAUGAUUGAUCAAGCCCGUGAUCUUAUGCGCAAACCGCACGUUAUUAUCGCUACUCCAGGUAGACUUAUGGACCAUCUUGAGAAUACCAAAGGCUUUUCUCUGCGUAAACUGCGGUAUUUGGUCAUGGAUGAAGCCGAUAGGUUGUUGGAUAUGGAGUUCGGACCUGUCCUCGAUCGGAUUUUGAAGGUGAUCCCCAGUCAAGGAAGAACGACAUAUUUGUUCUCCGCUACAAUGACAUCGAAAAUCGAUAAGUUGCAAAGAGCCAGUCUGACGAACCCCGUCAAGUGUGCUGUCUCUACCAAAUAUCAAACAGUUGAAACGUUAAUUCAAACUCUAAUGGUUGUUCCAGGCGGGCUCAAAAACACCUUCCUAAUAUAUCUGCUGAACGAGUUCCUCGGUAAGACUGUCAUUGUUUUUACCCGAACCAAGGCAAAUGCUGAAAGAAUAUCCACAUUGUGUAAUUUACUUGAGUUCAGCGCUACUGCGUUGCACGGAGACUUGAACCAGAACCAAAGGACAGGUGCGCUUGACCUGUUCAAGGCAGGUAGGAGAGCUAUCCUGGUGGCUACCGAUGUGGCCGCAAGAGGUCUGGACAUUCCAUCCGUGGACAUUGUGAUUAACUACGACAUACCUGUGGAUUCGAAGUCAUAUAUCCACCGUGUGGGUAGAACGGCCAGAGCAGGACGUUCAGGAAAGUCCAUUUCUUUGGUUUCUCAGUACGACUUGGAACUAAUCCUAAGAAUAGAAGAUGUCUUGGGCCGCAAACUUCCGAAGGAAAGUGUUGACAAGGGCGCCAUUCUCGCUUUGCGUGACACAGUGGACAAGGCAAACGGUGAAGUAGUAAUGGAGCUGAACAGAAGGUCUAAAGAAAAGGCUGCGAGGGGCAAGGGCAGAAACCACAGAACGAAAUCCAGAGAAAACAUGGACAGAGAAGAACAGUGA